AAAUAAUUUUGAAACGUGCAGUAGAAUAUUUAGUGGCAUAAAAUGAAGUAUUCAGCAAUAAUAGUUUUAUUGUUUGUUACCAAUGUAGUAUUUUCAAAACAUUUUAAACAUCAUAAACACGUUGAUUGGGAUGAUGACAUUCGUGAUAAAAAUGAUUUUCGUUGGCUACUUGAUGAUGAUAAUGACGUUGUUACUCCAGAGAAUAAAACACAAAGAGUUUGUAAAACCAAUGAAUGUGAAAUUUUAGCGAAAGAAUUUUUGAAGGGAAUUGACGAAAAUGUUGAUCCUUGUAACAAUUUCUAUGAUUUCAUUUGUGGAUCCUGGCAAACAAAUUAUAAAAUUCCUGGAUAUACUAUGAUGUGGAGUAGGCCACUGAUGUUUCAGCACACUGUAUAUCGUCGAAUCAAAGGAAUAUUGGAAGUAGAACCCAAAAAGAGUGAUAUUUUACCGGUGAGACAAGCGAAAAAAUGGUAUCGAGCUUGUAUGGAUACAGAUACCCUUGAAAAAAGAGGUAUUAAACCUCUAGAGUCAAUAUUAAUGCAACUUGGAGGAUGGCCGAUGACAAUAGACGUUGAGGAAUGGGAUGAAAAUGGACAUUCAUGGCAGAGAAUCGAACAACAUUAUUUCCAUCUUACUGGUUCACAUAUAUUUUUCGAUAUUAAACCAUCAUGGGCGGGUUCUCAAGUAAGGAUUGAAACAAUGGACCUUCCUUUGAUGAACAAACUUCCACUGAAGUACAGAAAUUACACAGCAAAUGAAUACGAUGAAUAUAAGAAACUUGUUAAAAAUAUUGUCCAGAUGUUCAUUGACCAUAAUAGGGCUAAUGUGUCAGAAACUAUGCUAGAGAAAGACCUUAAGGACUUGAUCGAGUUUGAAAAAGGAUUAUAUAUGCUCGAUACAUCUGAUGAUGUGGAGAAGCACAUUGAUAAUGAAAAUGAUGAUGAUAAUGAUGAUGAUAGUGAUGAUAAUGAUGAUGAUAAUGAUGAUAAUGAUGAUGAAGAUGUUGGAGAUGAUGAUGUUAAAGAUGUUGACGAUGUUAGCAAUGAUGACAAAAGUGAUGAUAGUUAUGAUACUAUUGAAGAAUUUGUUGAAAGAUAUGAUGAUAAAGUUAAUGCUCAAUUGGGUCGAAAUUUAGCUAAGAUCAAUUUCAGAAGAUUAAUACAAAGUAAAUUUGAUAUGAUUAAUAUGCCUGUUAAUACAUCUUGGUACAUAAUGGGUCGACCUUUGAGCUUCUAUGCCAAGGUUACUGACUUGAUCAAUAAAACUUCUAAACGCACCAUCGUGAAUUACUUACAUUGGCACUUUGUAAGUGACAUGCUUGUUUACACAACAGAGAAAAUGAGAAAUGAGUUCCAUAAAUAUAAAAAACAUGAAUAUGGUGUUAUGGAGAGAGAACCAAGAUGGCUUGAAUGUACAAAAGAGGUAAAAUUGGAAUUAGCUCAAGCUUAUGCCUUUGUCAAGAAAUAUUUUUCAGAAGAAGUUGAAAGAACUGCUCGUAAAAUGAUUGAUAAUAUUCGAGAUGAAAUGAAAGAACAAAUAUCAACUUCAGUUUGGAUGAAUGAAGAAACAAAAGCUGUAACAAUAGACAAAUUAGAGUCGAUGAAAGUCUUACUUGGAUAUUCAGAGUCAUUUAAAAAUAAAACGAUCGUUAAAAAUUACUAUAAAGGGCUCAUCAUUGGUUACGAUCACUUUGACAAUGUUUUAAGUUUCCGGAAGUACGAAACGAAAAAACAUUGGGAACAAGUAUUGAAAGAUACUGAAGAACCGAAAGACAUAGGAUACAGUGUAGAUUCUCUUGUUGUUAACGCAUUUUAUUCACCUGACUUCAAUUUUAUAGAACUUCCAGCUGCGGAUUUCCAACCACCACUAUUUACUUCACAGCUACCUAGUGUCGUCAAUUAUGGAUUAAUAGGAUCUGUCAUUGGUCACGAAAUCGGACAUGCUUUCGACAUAAAUGGAAUUCACUAUGGAAAAGAUGGAAAUUUAACAAAAAUAUCAAAGCAAGUUAUGGAGAUUUAUUAUAAAAGAGCUGAAUGUUUCCUUGAGCAAUUCAAUGAAUAUUUUGGUGUCACUGAACCUGAAUAUGAAGACACAACACCUUAUGCAUUUGAAGGAAGCAGAGGAAGACGAACAAGAGGAGAAAAUAUGGCUGAUACAACUGGUCUUCAUUCAGUUGUGAAAGCUUAUCAAAAAAUGAGAGCCAAAAAUCCAGAUGUUGUUGUUAAAUUACCAGGUUUGGAGAAAUACACGGAUGAUCAGAUGUUCUUCAUUUCAUUUGGAGCAUUAUGGUGUCAAAAAACAACACCAGAGUUUCAAAAAAUGUCUGAAAUGUAUGACGUUCAUAGUCCAGCUCCAAUAAGAGUUAUUGGUGCAGUCUCUAAUACCAAUGAUUUUUCAAAAGCUUUCAAGUGUCCUAAAGGUAGUCCAAUGAAUCCUGAAAAUAAAUGCGAUAUUUGGAAACCUAAAAGUAAUGAUGGAUCAGAAAAGGUUAAAAAGAAUUAUCGUUAUCCAUGGGUUUUGAAGUGUUUGUUGAGUGUCGUCAACCAUCAAGUUUUCUCCAAAUAUGUCAAGAAGUGGGAAGAUGAUGAUUCUAUUAAAAGACUUGGUUGGCUAUUCGACAUGGAUGAAGGACCGGAUGUUGAAGAUCUCGUAAAAGGAGAUGAAUCUCGUGUCUGUACUUCAAAAGAAUGUCGAAUUGUUGCUAAUGAAUUCAAGAAAAGUAUGAAUAAGUCUGUGGAUCCAUGUAACAAUUUUUAUGAUCAUGUUUGUGGAUCAUUGACACUUGAUAUAAUUCCACCAUAUCAACCCAAUUGGAAUCGACUUGAAUCAUUUCAAGAAGUUAUUUUCCGUCGACUCAAAGAAAUCCUCGAAGAGAAACCUCUGACAAAUGAAAUUUUACCUGUAAGACAGGCUAAGAAAUGGUACCAAGCAUGUUUGGAUAUAGAUACACUUAAUAAACGAAGUCUAACACCAAUAGAAUCAGUUUUGAUGCAAGUAGGAGGAUGGCCCAUAGCUAUAGAUCCUCAAGAGUGGGAUGAAAAUCAAAAUUCAUGGCAAGACAUAGAACAGCAUUACCUGGAAAUCAUAGGAUCUUAUGUAUUUUUUACAUUUUCUCCUGCAGCAAAAAAAUUUCAACUAGAAAUGCAACCAGGAGAUCUGCCAUUACAAAAUAAACUUCCAUCAGAAUACAGAGAUUAUGAUAUUGAUAAUUAUGAAGCAUAUGCUACCCUCGUAAAAGGUGUGGCAUUAUUAUUUGCAGAUUAUACUAAAGCUGAUGUUACCGAGGAAAUGAUUGAGCAAGAUGUACAAGAUUUGGUUGAGUUUGAAAAGAAGUUAUAUAUGAUCAGUAAUUUAGAAGGCAGUAUUGCAAUGCCAUUUCAUAAAUUUGUCAAAGAGUAUCGUAAAAAUGUGACACUAGCAGCAAUGUCAAGUGAAGAAAGCAGUCAAGAAGAUAAAGAUUCAGACAUUCAAAUGAUUAACUUCCAUGAACUACUUUCUACUUUAUUUGAUUCAGUUGAUUACAUUCUUAAUAAUUCUAUGGUUUUGCAUGUUCAAAAUCCCGAGUAUUAUAUUAAAUUAACUGAGCUUUUAAAUGAAACUCCAAAAAGAACAGUGAUCAAUUAUAUGCAUUGGCACUUCAUCAGCAAAGUACUUCAAUAUACCACAGAAGACAUGAGAGAUGCAAUUUUCAUGUUGAUGGACAAUGUUUUGGGAGUUAAAGAACGUUCUCCAAGAUGGCUUGAAUGUAUAACAGAGAUGAAGCUGAUGCCUGCUGCUGGCUAUGCAUUCGCUCAAAAAUAUUUCUCAGACGACAUUGACAAUGCUGGACACACAAUGGUUAAAAAUAUUCGUAAACAAAUGCAAAAAGAAAUUCAAGCCUCUACUUGGAUGGAUGAUGAAACCAAAAAAUUAGUAAUUGAGAAACUUGAAAAACUCAAAAUGGAACUUGGGUUCCCAAGUUGGUUUAAUAAUCAAACAAUCAUCAUUAACUCUUAUAAAGGGUUGAUCAUUGGAUCUGAUCACUUUGAUAACAUGCUGAGCUAUGAAAAAUAUGAAUUAAAAUUAUGGCUGCGUAUGAGAUUUGGUCUAGAUGAUUUUGAUUAUGUUGGUGUAGCUACGAAUUUUAUGGAUCCAACAGAAGUAAACGCAGCAUAUGAUCCUGAAUCCAAUGCCAUUUAUUUACCAGCGGCUGAUUUCCAACCUCCAUUGUUUACAUCGAAACUUCCAUGGUCUGUAAAUUAUGGAGUAGCAGGUGUUGUUAUAGGUCACGAAAUAGGGCAUGCCUUUGAUGAUGAUGGAAUUACAUAUGGCGAGAAUGGAGAGUCUACACAUAUAUCGAAAACAAUGUUAGACAUGUAUUACAAACGUGCUGAAUGUUUCUUAGACCAAUUCAACGAAUAUUAUGGAGUUACAGAAGCCAAUUGUAAUGGAUCGAAAUCAGAAGGAAUGGAACAAAGUAAAGGUCGACGAACAAGAGGUGAAAAUAUCGCUGACACAACAGGUCUAGAUUCAGUGUACGAUGCUUAUAUAAGAAUGAUUAAAACAGAGAUGGGUGGAAGUGAUUACAAAUUGCCAGGGUUUGAAGAAUAUUCUGAUAGUCAAAUGUUUUUCAUUUCCUUUGGAACAGUAUGGUGUGAACGAAUGACAAAAAAAUAUCAAGAUUUAAUGUACGAGUAUGAUGAACAUAGUCCAGGACGUUGGAGAGUAAUAGGUGGAGUAUCAAAUGUGAAAGCUUUUGCAGAGGCAUUCAACUGUCCCUUAGGAAGUCCAAUGAAUCCUGAGAAUAAAUGUAAUAUUUGGAAAUCACAAGAAUCUAAAGCUGCGAAGAAACAAAAAAUGAAAGCUUCUCGCAAAAAUAGGAGACAUCGAAGACGUCAUCAUCCAUUUAAAAACUGGCUCUAUUAUUAAUCGAAGUUGAUUAAAAAAAAAAACUGCAUUCAAUAUCGAUAAUUUAUGAAGCUGUACUUUGAUUUUAUCUUCAAUAUAUAAUUUUACAAGUCAAAUUAAAAAUUGAACUAAUUACUA